AUGAAGAGAUUAUUAUUCUCUCCGGUGUUUUGGUCUCCCUUCUUAUUACUACUGUCUUCGGCGAUAUGUUCAGCCACCGUGAAAAUCGCGGCGGAAUGCGCGGCGGUCGGAACGCUGAUUUCGUCGUGCACGGAGUUUGUGAAUUACGGGUAUCCAGAUCCUAUACCCGGUUCGAGUUGCUGUGACUCCAUGACUUUGCUUGGAACUUACUCUGAUUCGUCGGAGAAGAGACGGUGGCUCUGUGAUUGUUUCAUGGAUCUCAUCAAUAUCUAUAACUCAAACGCUACCGCCAUUUCUACUUUGUCUGGUUUCUGCGGCGUCGUUUUAGGCUUCACCAUCGACCCUAACACCGAUUGCAACUUGUGA